UUCAGGUACAGCUGCAUUCCAGCCCAGUGGCCUCAGAGGUCUGCUGGUGACCAGGAUGUAACCAGGAUUUGCCUGUGGAGCCUGCAGCUGCCUCCUCUAAACCGGACACUGGGAUUAUUCCAUCCGGCUUAGCUCUGCUCCAUCCAGGGGCAGGGGGAGCAAGCUCCCUCAUGGUCUUAUUCCACCCCUCUCUCCUUCCCAUCUUCCUGGAUCCUUUCAGUGUUUGGAUGCUUUGGGACCCUCAGAAACACCACAGGUGACCAAAUGGCCCCAACCCCCUCAUACAAAUACCCUCAAAAAACAGACCUCACUGAGGAAAGGAUUCACAUUUCUAGGUUGUCUCCACAUACUUGGGUGCUCUCUUCCUGUGCACCUGGGUUGAGGGAACAGGGAGAGGAAAGAGCACAGAGAGAACACCAUAAUAAAGGCUAUGGUUUACUUCAUGUAUGUUUGCUACAUGUGUGCCUGGUGCUGCUAAGGUCAGAAGUCUUUGGAGCCCCUGGAACUGGAGUUAUGAAUGGUUGUGAGCUAAAGAGUGGGGUACUGAGAACCAAGUCUGGGAGUACCAAGUGUUCUAAACCACUGAGCCACCUUCUCUCUAUCCCUGCAGUUUUUGGAGGGUGGGGAAACCCUCCCACACCUGAAGUUUCAGAAAUCUUAUUGAGUCCCAUCUGUGCAGCCUUGGGAAGUCCCUGAAGUUUUUACUGCAGCACUGCCCAAGUCCAAGCCUCAGGUCCUCCCCAAGGCGAUCUGCGGUGGAGCACUAUGCUGCUUCCUGCCCUUCUCUUUGGGGUGCUAUGGUCUCUGGCUAAUGGGCAUUGGUGUGAGCAGAUAGAGACUGUCCAUGUGGAAGAGGAAGUAACUCCUCGCCAGGAGGACCUGGUACCCUGUACCAGUUUGUACCAUUAUAGGCGCCUAGGCUGGCAGCUGGACCUGUCCUGGAGUGACCAUGUGGGGCUCACCAGGCCCCCAGCACUUGGGCUCUGUGCAAUCUACAAACCCCCAGAAACCAAGCCUGCUACUUGGAACCGGACAGUGAGGGCUUGUUGUCCAGGAUGGGGGGGUACUCACUGUACCGAUGCCCUUGCUGAAGCCAGCCCUAAAGGUCAUUGCUUUGUCACAUGGCAUUGCCAGCCUUUAGCAGGCUCAGCUAAUUCUUCAGCAGGAAGCCUGGAGGAAUGCUGUGCCCAACCCUGGGGACACAGCUGGUGGAACAGCAGCUCCCAGAUGUGUCUCAGCUGUUCUGGUCAGCACCACCCAGACAAUGCUUCCUCUGAAGGCCUCCUGCAGCCUCUGGCAGGGGCUGUAGGCCAACUCUGGAGCCAGCGCCAGCGUCCCUCAGCCACCUGUACCACCUGGUCUGGCUUCCACUACCAAACCUUUGACGGACAUCACUACCACUUCCUGGGCCAAUGUACCUACUUGCUAGCUGGUGCUAUGGAUUCCACCUGGGCUGUCCACCUCAAGCCUAGUGUCCACUGUCCGCAGCGUAGACACUGCUGGCUGGUUCAAGUGAUGAUGGGCCCCGAGGAGGUAUUGAUCCAAGAUGGAGAGGUCUCUGUGAAGGGCCAGCCAGUGCCUGUUGGGGAGCCUCAGCUGCUCCAUGGGAUGAGCCUGCAGUGGCAGGGAGAUUGGCUGGUGCUCUCUGGGGGCCUGGGGAUGGUUGUGAGACUGGACAGGUCCAGUUCCAUCUCCAUCUCCGUGGACCAUGAGUUCUGGGGACAGACACAGGGCCUCUGUGGGCUUUACAAUGGCAGACCAGAGGAUGACUUUGUGGAGCCUGGAGGGGGAUUGGCCAUGCUAGCUUCUACCUUUGGGAAUUCAUGGAAGCUCCCUGGCUCUGAGCCUGGGUGUCUGGAUGCAGUGGAAGUGGCCCGGGGCUGUGAGGACCUCCUAGAAGGUACAUUAACUGGCUUGAAAGCUGGCAAGCUUCAAGCUCAAGCUCAGGACAUGUGCCACCAACUGCUGGAAGAUCCAUUCUGGCCAUGUCACGCGCAGGUUCCCCCAGAUGAGUACCAUGAGACCUGCCUCUUUGCCUACUGUGUUGGAGCCACAGCAGGCAGCGGCCCAGAGGGGCAACUGGAGGCUGUGUGUACCACCUUUGCCAACUAUGCCCAGGCCUGUGCCAGGCAGCAUAUCUAUGUGCACUGGAGGAAGCCUGGCUUCUGUGAACGCUUGUGUCCAGGAGGGCAGCUCUACUCUGAUUGUGUCUCAUCCUGUCCACCAAGCUGUUCAGCAGUAGCCCAGGGCGAGGAGGGGUCUUGUGGGAAAGAGUGUGUGAGUGGCUGUGAGUGCCCAGUCGGUCUCUUCUGGGAUGGUGCCCUCUGUGUGCCUGCUGCCCAUUGCCCCUGCUACCACCGGCGCCAGCGCUACGCCCCUGGUGACACUGUAAACCAGCAGUGCAACCCUUGUGUGUGCCAGGAUGGCCGCUGGCACUGUGCCCAGGCCCUGUGCCCUGCUGAGUGUGCAGUGGGUGGUGACGGACAUUACUUCACCUUUGAUGGGCGGAGCUUCUCAUUCAGGGGCAGUCCAGGCUGCCACUACAGCCUGGUGCAGGACUCUGUGAAAGGCCAGUUGCUGGUUGUGUUGGAACAUGGAGCCUGUGACACUGGGAGCUGCCUCCAUGCCCUCUCUGUCUUCCUGGGGAACACCCACAUUCAGCUCAGAUACUCAGGAGCUGUGCUGGUAGACGGGGAGGAUGUAGACCUGCCCUGGAUUGGUGCUGAGGACUUCAAUGUUUCCCGUGCCUCUUCUACGUUCUUGCUAUUGCGCUGGCCUGGGGCCUGGGUUCUCUGGGGAGUGGCUGAGCCCGCAGCAUACAUCACCCUGGACCCCCAUCAUGCCUACCAGGUGCAGGGUCUGUGUGGCACUUUUACCUGGAAGCAACAGGAUGACUUUCUGACACCGGCUGGAGACAUAGAGACUAGUGUCACUGCCUUUGCUAGCAAGUUCCAAGUGUCAGGUGAUAGAAAGUGCCCCUUGGUGGACAACAGCCCACUGUCCUGCAGUGCUUACUCUCAGCGCCUCACUUUCGCAGAGGCAGCCUGUGCCAUCCUGCAUGGCCACACCUUUCAGGAGUGUCAUGGGCUAGUAGACAGGGAACCAUUUCGAUUGCGAUGCUUGGAGGCCGUGUGUGGCUGUGCCCCUGGCAGGGACUGCCUGUGCCCUGUGCUCUCUGCCUAUGCACGCCACUGUGCCCGGGAGGGCAUCCUGCUGCACUGGAGGAACGAGACCCUGUGCCCUGUCCCAUGUCCUGGUGGCCAGGUGUACCAGGAGUGUGCCCCAGUGUGUGGUCAUCAUUGUGGGGAGUCAGAGGAUUGUAAAGAGCUUGGCAGCUGUGUGGCUGGUUGUAAUUGUCCCCCAGGACUACUGUGGGACCUUGAGGGCCAGUGUGUGCCUCCUAGCAUGUGCCACUGUCAACUCGGAGGCCGUCGUUACAUCUUUAACACCACCACUAUUGUGAAAGACUGCAGCCACUGCACCUGCCAGGAGAGAGGCCUCUGGAACUGCACAGCCCACCACUGUUCCCGACAGUGGGCACUCUGCCCCCAGGAGCUCAUCUAUGUCCCUGGGGCCUGCCUUCUCACCUGUGACAGCCUCAGUGCCAACCAUUCCUGUCUGGCUGGAAGCACUGAUGGCUGUGUCUGUCCUCCUGGCACUGUAUUGCUGGACAAGCACUGUGUGUCUCCUGAUCUUUGUCCCUGUCGUCACAACGGGCAGUGGUACCCACCCAAUGCCACCAUCCAGGAAGACUGCAACAUUUGUGUGUGCCAGGGCCAGCGCUGGCACUGCACAGGUCAGCGGUGCAGCGGAUGGUGCCAGGCAUCUGGUGCCCCCCACUAUGUGACGUUCGAUGGGCUGGUCUUUACUUUUCCUGGGGCCUGCGAGUACCUGCUGGUGAGAGAGGCUGGUGGCCGCUUCAGUGUCUCCAUCCAGAACUUGCCUUGUGGGGCCAGUGGCCUCACGUGUACCAAGGCCGUGUCCGUGCGUCUGGACAACACCGUUGUGCACAUGCUUCGAGGCCAGGCAGUAACAGUGAAUGGAGUGAGCAUAAAGCUCCCCAAGGUCUAUACAGGCCCUGGCCUGAGCCUGCAUCAUGCUGGCCUCUUCCUGCUGUUGACAACACGCCUGGGUCUCACUCUGCUCUGGGAUGGAGGCACCCGGGUCCUGGUACAGCUGUCCCCCCACUUCCAUGGUCGUGUGGCUGGGCUGUGUGGAGACUUUGAUGAUGACGCCAGUAAUGACCUACGGAGCCGCCAAGGAGUCCUGGAGCCCAUGGCAGAGCUGACUGCUCACUCUUGGCGCCUUAAUCCCCUGUGCCCUGAGCCUGGAGACCUGCCACAUCCUUGUACAGUGAAUGCCCAUCGGGCAAACUGGGCCCGGGCACGCUGUGAGGUGAUAUUGCAGCCACUCUUUGCCCCGUGCCACACAGAGGUGCCCCCGCAGCAGUACUAUGAGUGGUGUGUGUACGAUGCUUGUGGCUGUGACACCGGGGGUGACUGUGAGUGCCUCUGCUCAGCCAUUGCCACCUAUGCUGAUGAGUGUGCCCGACACAGACACCAUGUGCGUUGGCGCAGCCAGGAACUCUGCCCCCUACAGUGUGAAGGAGGUCAGGUGUAUGAACCCUGUGGCUCUACGUGUCCACCCACUUGCCAUGACCAUCAUCCUGAGCUCAGAUGGCAAUGCCAGGCCAUCACUUGUGUGGAGGGCUGCUUCUGUCCUAAGGGGACACUGCUGCAUGGAGGAGCCUGUGUGGAGCUGGCUGCCUGUCCCUGUGAGUGGCAGGGCAGUUUCUUCCCACCAGGAACUGUGCUGCAAAAGGACUGUGGAAACUGCACGUGCCAGGGAAGCCAGUGGCAUUGUGACCGUGGUGGUGCCCCAUGUGAGGAGGUGGCACCUGGCUGUGCAGAAGGAGAGUCUCUGUGCAGAGAGAAUGGGCACUGCGUGCCACUUGAAUGGCUUUGUGACAACCAGGAUGACUGUGGUGAUGGCUCAGAUGAGGAGGGGUGUGCCACCUCAGUCUGUGGGGAGGGACAGAUGCCUUGCCAGUCUGGCCACUGCCUGCCCCUGUCCCUGAUCUGUGAUGGGCAGGAUGACUGUGGAGAUGGCACAGAUGAGCAAGGGUGCCUGUGUCCCCAUGGCUCUUUGGCCUGUGCUGAUGGUCGCUGCCUGCCACCCGCCCUGCUGUGUGAUGGUCAUCCUGACUGUCUGGAUGCUGCAGAUGAAGAGUCCUGUCUGAGGCCGGUGAGCUGCACCUCUGGAGAGAUAUCUUGUGUUGAUGGCACUUGCGUUAGGACCAUCCAGCUGUGCGAUGGAGUUUGGGACUGCCCAGAUGGAGCAGAUGAAGGGCCUAGCCACUGCUCUCUGCCUUCUCAGCCUACUCCUCCUGUGGGCACGAGUCAGAAUCCUUCCACCAGCUCCCUGGAGACAGCACAGAGUCCUACGGGUACUACCAGCUCUGUGUCCCCCUGCAGCCUCUUUGAGUUCCAGUGCAGCAGUGGGGAGUGCACCCCUCGGGGCUGGCGCUGUGACCAAGAGGAGGACUGCACAGAUGGCAGCGAUGAGCUUGAUUGUGGUGGACCCUGCAUGCUGUCCCAGGUGCCCUGUGCCCACAGCCCACACUGUGUGUCCCCAGGACAGCUCUGUGAUGGAGUGACACAGUGCCCCGAUGGUUCAGAUGAGGACCCCAAUGUUUGUGAGGAACAAUCAGCCUCAGGAGGCCCCAGCAGGACAGGAAUUCCCUGUCCAGAAUUCUCCUGCCCCAAUGGCACUUGCAUUGAUUUCCUGAUGGUUUGUGAUGGGAGCCCCGAUUGUGAAUUGACAGAUGAAACAAAGCCCUCCUUGGAUGAGCAGGGUUGUGGGGUCUGGGGCUCCUGGGGUCCAUGGGAGCCAUGCAGUCAGACCUGUGGGCCCGGCAUACAGAGUCGGAACCGAAACUGCUCCACAUCCAGUCUCCAGGUGCUACAGAACUGCCCAGGUCUGCAGCACCAGUCACAGGCCUGCUUCAUGGAAGCCUGCCCAGUGGAUGGUGAAUGGAGCUCCUGGUCUCCCUGGUCUCCGUGUUCUGAACCCUGUGGGGGUACCAUGACCCGGCAUCGGCAGUGCCGGCCACCCCAGAAUGGGGGCCAGGACUGUGCCCUUUUGCCUGGAAGCACUCGUAGCACCCACCAGACCAACCCCUGCCCUCAGGAGGGCUGCCUCAAUGCCACUUGCUUUGGAGAGUUGGUAUUCCAGCCUUGUGCCCCCUGCCCUCUGACUUGUGAUGACAUUUCUGGUCAGGCCAUGUGCUCUCCUGACAGGCCCUGCAGCAGCCCAGGUUGCUGGUGCCCGGAAGGGAAGGUGCUGGGCACUGAGGGCCGGUGUUUGAGGCCCCGGCAGUGUCCCUGCUUGGUGGAUGGUGCCCGCUACUGGCCUGGACAACGCAUCAAGAUGGACUGCCAGCUCUGUUUCUGCAAGGAUGGGCAGCCACAUCGCUGCCGGCCCAAUCCGGAGUGUGCUGUGGAUUGUGGCUGGUCUUCCUGGUCCCCUUGGGCAGAGUGCCUGGGCCCUUGCAGCAGCCAGAGCCUCCAGUGGUCUUUCCGGAGCCCUAACAACCCACGUCUCUCUGGGCAUGGUCGCCAGUGCCGCGGCAUCCACCGCAAAGCCCGCAGGUGCCAGACAGAGCCUUGUGAGGGCUGUGAACAGUGGGGCCUCAUGUACCAUGUCGGGGAACUCUGGCGUGGGGGCCCCUGCAUGGUGUGUGAGUGUCUGCACAAGGGUAUCACGCGCUGCUCCCCCUAUUGCCCAAUAGGCAGCUGUCCCCAGGGCUGGGUCCUGGUAGAGGGAAUGGGAGAAUUGUGUUGCCGCUGUGUGCUGCCUGGAAAGAACCAGACAGUGAUCCCCAUGACCACUCCCGCCCCUGCCCCUACCCCUGCUCCCAGCCCUCAGAUUGGAGCCCCUCUGGUCACCUACGUUCUGCCUCCUAUGGCUGAUGCCUGCUAUUCUCCCCUGGGCCUGGCCAGACUGCCCAUGUGGGCGACAUCCCAGCUCCUGGAACAUACCACCAGGGCUGCCCCCACGGCAGGGCCUGGCCCCAGAGAGGAUGCUUAUGCUAAGUGGCACACCCAGCCACUCUAUCUGCAGCUGGACCUGCUUCGGCCUCGGAACCUGACUGGCAUUAUUGUGCAGAGGACUGGCUCCUCUGCUGCUUAUGGCUCCAGCUUGUCGCUCCAGUUCAGCAGCGACGGUCUACAGUGGCACAACUAUGUCACCUCUCUGUCCAGUACCCUGCCUCCACCCAAGCCUUUCCCGGAGAGCUUGAACCGCAUGGCCCCUGAGGUAUGGACAUUCGACCAGAUGGUACAGGCGAGGUAUAUCAGGGUGUGGCCACAUGGUGGCCACCUCAGAGACAACAACCUGCACGAUAUCUUCCUGUGGGUGGAGCUUCUGGGCUGUAAGCCAAGUACAGUGUCCCCAUUGGCACCCCUGUGUCCAGGGACCAGGCACCGCUGUGCCAGUGGUGAAUGUACCCCAAAGGGUGGUCCAUGUGAUGGUGCUGUGGACUGUGAGGAUGGCUCUGAUGAGGAGGGCUGCGGGCUGCUGCAUGCAGGCACUACCAGCAGAGUCCAUCCCAUGGCCAGGACCCCAGCCCUCUCCCCGACUCAGCCUGGAAAGUUUCCGUUCCAUCCCAGGGAGGGUCUGCCAGACAUGGAUCACCAGCAGCCCAAGCAGGAAUCAUCCUUGCCUAGUGCAGGGCAGUCCAUGCAGACACUGACCACUACCUCCGCCUUCCCUCCUGGUGCCAAGAGCCUACACCCGGGAAUGGCAGCUGUGACGGUGCAUCCCUCACACUUAGUCACACCAGGGACUCCUGUUGGUCAGAGUGUCAGCCCCAGGCCCUUCCCACCCAUGCGGUGUGGCCCUGAGCAGGUGCCCUGUGAUGUACUGGGCUGUGUGGAGCAGGAGCAGCUGUGUGACGGGAGGGAGGACUGUCUUGAUGGCUCCGAUGAGCAGCACUGUGGAGAUGCUGAGCCCUUCACUGUGCCUACUACUGCCCUCCCUGGAUUGCCGGCCUCAAGGGCCCUCUGCUCCCCAACUCAGCUGAGAUGCGGCAGUGGGGAGUGCCUACCCCUUGAGCAUCGCUGUGACCUUCGGGUGAACUGCCAGGAUGGCUCUGAUGAGGAUGACUGUGUAGACUGUGUGUUGGCACCUUGGACUGGCUGGAGUGACUGCAGCCGGAGCUGUGGCCUGGGCCUCGUCUUCCAGCACCGAGAGCUGCUGAGACCUCCCCUGCCUGGAGGCAGCUGUCUGUCGGACCAGUUCCGUAGCCAGUCCUGCUUUGUGCAAGCCUGCCCAGUGGCCGGGGCAUGGGCAGAUUGGGGGCCCUGGGAGCCCUGCAGUGUUUCCUGUGGAGGUGGCCACCAGAGUCGCCAGAGGGACUGUGUGGACCCUCCUCCUAAGAAUGGAGGUACCCCAUGCCCUGGGCCUUCCCAUGAGAAGGCACCCUGCAACUUGCAGCUCUGCCCAGGUGACACAGACUGUGAGCCAGGCCGUGUGCAUGUGAAUGCUGAGCUGUGCCAGAAGGGACUGGUGCCCCCAUGUCCACCCUCCUGCCUGGACCCCGAAGCCAACAGAAGCUGCAGUGGGCACUGUAUGGAAGGAUGCCGCUGCCCUUCUGGGCUCUUCCUCCAGGACUCUCACUGUCUGCCCCUCUCUGAAUGCCCCUGCCUGGUGGGCCAAAAGCUGAUGCAGCCCGGGCUUGCCUUCCUGCUAGACAACUGCAGCCAAUGCAUAUGUGAGAAGGGGACAUUGCUGUGUAAGCCAGGGACCUGCUCCCAGUCCUGUGGCUGGUCUGCCUGGUCCCCUUGGACUGCUUGUGAUCGCUCCUGUGGCUCUGGAGUGAGGACCAGGUUCAGGUCUCCCACUAACCCUCCUGCGGCAUUUGGAGGUUCCCUGUGUGAAGGUGACAGGCAGGAACUGCAGGCCUGCUACACAGACUGUGGGACAGAGACACCAGGUUGGACACCCUGGACAUCCUGGUCCUUCUGCUCCCAGAGCUGCCUUGUCCCUGGGGGAGACCCUGGCUGGCGGCAGCGCUCUCGACUGUGCCCCAGCUCCAGGGACAUAUUCUGUCCGGGAGAGGCCACCCAGGAGGAACCCUGCAGCCCCGCUGUAUGCCCAGUGCUGAGUACCUGGGGUUUAUGGGCUUCCUGGUCCACCUGCUCAGCCUCCUGCAAUGGUGGCAUCCAGACUCGUGGGCGCAGCUGCUCUGGUUCUGCUCCUGGGAACCCUGUGUGCCUAGGACCCCACACUCAGACCAGAGACUGCAACACGCAUCCAUGCACAGCCCAGUGCCCAGAGAACAUGGUAUUCCGCUCAGCAGAGCAGUGUCUCGAGGAAGGGGGUCUGUGCCCUCAGCUGUGCCUGGCACAGGAUCCUGGGGUGGAGUGCACUGGCUCCUGUGCUCCUAGCUGCAACUGUCGCCCUGGCCUCUUCCUGCAUAAUGCUAGCUGCCUGCCCCUCAGCCAGUGUCCCUGCCAGCUGCAUGGGCAGCUCUAUGCACCAGGAGCAGUGGCUCGCCUAGACUGCAACAACUGCACCUGCAUCUCUGGAGAAAUGGUGUGCACGUCAGAGCGCUGUCCAGUGGCCUGUGGCUGGAGCCCCUGGACUCCAUGGAGCCCUUGCAGCCAAAGUUGUAAUGUGGGCAUUCGACGGCGCUUCAGAGCAGGCACUGCACCACCAGCUGCCUAUGGGGGUGCCGAGUGCCAAGGUCCCAACCUAGAUGCUGAAUUCUGCAGUUUGAGGCCGUGCCAAGGCCCUGGUGCAGCAUGGGGUUCCUGGACUCCAUGCUCAGUGCCCUGUGGUGGUGGCUACCGAAACCGCACUCAAGGCAGUGGCCCGCACAGCCCUAUUGAGUUCUCUACCUGCAGCCUGCAGCCCUGUGCAGGACCAGUGCCAGGUGUGUGUCCAGAGGACCAGCAAUGGCUGGACUGUGCCCAGGGUCCAGCCUCCUGUGCCCAUCUCAGCAUCCCUAGAGAGGCGAACCAGACCUGCCACCCUGGCUGCUACUGCCUCUCUGGAAUGCUCCUGCUAAAUAAUGUAUGUGUCCCUGCUCAGGACUGCCCCUGUGCCCACAGGGGGCACCUUUAUUCCCCAGGAAGUGCUGUGAUUCUUCCAUGUGAGAAUUGUUCCUGCAUCUCUGGGAUCAUCACCAACUGCAGCUCCUGGCCUUGUGAGGAAGAUCAGCCUGCAUGGUCAUCCUGGACUCCAUGGAGUGUAUGUUCAGCCUCUUGCAGCCCUGCCCGACGCCACCGGCACCGCUUCUGUGCCAGGUCCUCCAGUAGGGCACCCUUCAGUUUGGUUGUGCUGACUACAGUGGCUGCCCCCACAACUCUCUGCCCAGGCCCUGAGGCUGAGGAAGAGCCUUGCCUCCUGCCAGGAUGCAAUCAAGCAGGGGGCUGGAGUCCUUGGAGUCCCUGGUCUGGCUGUAGUCGGAGCUGUGGAGGAGGCCUGCGGAGCCGGACCCGAGCCUGUGACCAGCCACUGCCCCAGGGCCUGGGGGAUUUCUGUGAGGGACCUCAGGCCCAGGGGGAGGCCUGCCAGGCUCAGCCAUGUCCAGUGACCAACUGCAGUGCUAUUGAAGGGGCAGAGUACAGCCCCUGUGGCCCUCCUUGUCCCCGCUCCUGUGAUGACCUUGUGCACUGUGUGUGGCACUGCCAGCCAGGCUGCUACUGUCUUCCGGGCAAGGUACUGAGUGCUGAUGGGGCCAUCUGCGUGCAGCCCAGUCACUGCACGUGCCUGGACCUGCUGACCGGGAAGCGACACCAUCCAGGCACUCAGUUGAUGAGGCCUGAUGGCUGUAACCACUGCACCUGCAUGGAGGGGAGGCUCAACUGCACAGACUUGCCCUGCCAAGUGUCUGGAGACUGGUGUCCAUGGUCAGAGUGGACAGCGUGCUCCCAGCCCUGCAGGGGCCAAACGAGGACCCGCUCCAGGGCCUGUGUCUGCCCUGCUCCCCAGCAUGGGGGUACUCCAUGCCCUGAGGAUUCAGGAAAAACAGGAGUGCAGCAUCAAAUGGAGGCCUGCCCUAACCCCAUUGCAUGCCCAGUGGAUGGAGCCUGGAGCCCUUGGGGGCCAUGGUCUACCUGUAACGCAUGCCUGGGGCAGUCCUAUCGGAGCAGGGUGUGCAGCCAUCCUCCCACCUCUGACGGAGGCAUGCCUUGUCUUGGGAGCCAUCAGCAGAGUCGCCCUUGUCGAAACAGCUCCACCCUGUGUACAGACUGUGGAGGGGGCCAGGAUCUCUUACCCUGUGGGCAGCCAUGUCCUCAUUCCUGCCAGGAUCUGUCCCUUGGCAGUACAUGCCAGCCGGGCUCGUCAGGCUGCCAGUCUGGUUGUGGGUGUCCCCCAGGCCAGCUCUCCCAGGAUGGGCUCUGUGUGUUCCCAGCUGACUGUCAGUGCCACUUCCAGCCUAGAGCCAUGGGGAUCCCCGAGAACCGGAGCCGGUCAGUGGGGUCCACACUCAGCUCCUGGGAGAGUCUAGAACCUGGAGAAGUGGUAACUGGGCCCUGCGACAGCUGCACCUGUGUGGCAGGUGUCCUGCAGUGCCAUGAGGUGCCCAGCUGCCCUGGCCUUGGGAUAUGGAGCUCCUGGGGGCCCUGGGAGAAAUGCAGUGUUUCUUGUGGGGGAGGGGAGCAGCUACGAUCCAGGCAAUGUGCCCGACCUCCCUGCCCUGGACUGGCUCAUCAGACCCGAAUUUGCCACAUCCAUGUCUGCAGAGAGACAGGCUGCCCAGCGGGCCGACUAUACCGGGAAUGCCAGCCCAGCGAGGGGUGCCCUUUCUCCUGUGCUCAUGUCACCGGACAGGUGGCCUGCUUCUCUGAGAGCUGUGAGGAGGGGUGUCACUGUCCAGAGGGCACUUUUCAGCAUCACGUGGCCUGUGUCCAGGAGUGCCCCUGUGUGUUGACAGUCUCCCUGCUGCAGGAGCUCCGGUUGGCUAACCCUGCACUCAGAUCCUAUCCAACCCUUCUGGGAGAUGAGGGCAAGCCCCUUGGACCUGGAGAUGAGCUGCUCCCAGGCCAGAUGCUUCAAACAGUCUGUGGAAACUGCUCCUGUGUUCAUGGGAAGCUGUCUUGCUCUAUGGAGGAAUGCGCCAGAGACCAGGGCAACUUUGGUCCCUGGGGCAUGUGGAGCCUUUGUUCCCGCUCCUGUGGUGGGCUGGGUACCCGUACCCGAACCCGCCAAUGUGUGCUUCCCACACUUGUGCCUGGUGGGCUGAGCUGCCGUGGGCCCCUCCAGGACCUGGAAUACUGCUUCAGCCCAGAAUGCCCUGGGACGGCGGGGUCCACGGUGGAGCCGGUGACCAGCCUCGCAGGUGGCUGGGGCCCGUGGUCUCCAUGGUCUCCCUGUUCCCACAGUUGCACAGACCCUGCUCACCCGGCAUGGCGCAGCCGCACACGCCUCUGUCUGGCUAACUGUACAGUAGGAGGCUCCUCACAGGAACGUCCAUGUAACCUACCCUCCUGUACAGCGCUGCCCCCAUGCUCUGGCCCUGGCUGUGGAUCAGGGAACUGUUUCUGGACAUCCUGGGCCCCAUGGGAGCCUUGCUCCCGCAGCUGUGGUGUGGGCCAGCAGCGUCGGCUACGAGCAUAUCACCCUCCUGGGCCUGGUGGACACUGGUGCCCUGACAUCCUAACUGCAUACCAGGAGCGCCGCUUCUGCAACCUUCGUGCUUGUCCAGUGCCUGGGGCCUGGUCCCACUGGAGUCCCUGGUCCUGGUGUGAUCGAAGCUGUGGAGGAGGUCGAUCCUUGAGGAGCAGAAGCUGCUCAAGCCCACCACCCAAGAAUGGAGGAGCAUCCUGUGUUGGGGAGAGGCACCAUGUCCGGUCCUGCAAUCCUAUGCCCUGUGAGGAAGGCUGUCCAGCAGGCAUGGAGAUGGUAAGCUGUGCCAACCGCUGCCCCUACAGCUGCUCAGACCUGCGGGAGGGAGGCAUGUGUCAGGAGGACCAGGCCUGCCAACUGGGCUGUCGCUGCUCUGAAGGGUUUCUGGAGCAGGAUGGAGCCUGCGUGCCAGUGGGGCACUGCGAAUGCACAGAUGCCCAAGGCCGCAGCUGGGCCCCAGGCAGCCAGCAUCAGGAUGCCUGCAACAACUGUUCCUGUCAGGCUGGGCAACUCUCCUGCACUGCUCAGCCCUGCCCACCGCCUGCCCACUGUGCCUGGAGCCACUGGUCUGCCUGGACUUCCUGCAGUCACUCCUGUGGACCUCAAGGGCAACAGAGUCGCUUUAGGUCCUCCACAUCAGGCUCAUGGGCCCUAGAGUGUCAGAAGGAGCAGUCACAGAGCCAGCCUUGCCCUGAAGCCCCCUGUCCACCCCUGUGCCUACAUGAAGCCCAACUUCAUGCUCUGGGGGACAGCUGGCUGCACGGAGAAUGCCAGCAGUGCUCCUGCACCCCAGAGGGAGUGAUCUGCAAAGACACUGGCUGUACAGUGCCCAGAGUCUGGACAUUGUGGUCCUCCUGGUCCCCCUGCUCUGUCUCAUGUGGAGGAGGAAGCCAGGUUCGCACUCGAUCCUGCACGACGUCAGCCCCUCCGCAUGGGAGCCUAUCUUGCCAGGGCCCAGACACCCAGACUCAGCACUGUGGGCAGCAGCUAUGCCUGCAGCUGCUAGACAUCUGCUCCUGGGGACCGUGGGGACCCUGUUCCCGCAGCUGUGGCACAGGUCUGGCCUCCCGCUCUGGAUCCUGUCCCUGUCUACGGACCAAAGAGGACUCCAAGUGUAAUGAUACAUUCUCAGGCCUGGACACUCAGGCUUGCUACCUAGGGCCCUGCCAGGAGGACUGCAUGUGGAGUGACUGGAGCAGCUGGACGCACUGCUCCUGUAAGGUCCUGGUGCAGCAGCGUUACCGACAUCAGGUGCCAACAUCUGGCCAGGCUGGAGAGGGCACCCCUUGCACCCGUCUGGAUGGCCACUUCCGACCUUGCGCCAUUAGCAACUGCUCAGAGGAUAGCUGCCCACCUCCCUUUGAGUUCCAGUCUUGUGGCUCCCCCUGUGCUGGGCUCUGUGCCACACAUCUGAGUCAUCGGCUCUGCCAGGAUCUGCCACCUUGCCAGCCUGGCUGCUACUGCCCCAAGGGCCUGUUGGAACAGGCUGGAGGUUGUAUUCUUCCAGAACAAUGUAACUGCUGGCAUACCUCAGGAGAGGGAGCUAGGGUGACCCUGGCCCCUGGGGACCGCCUGCAGCUGGGCUGUAAGGAAUGCAUAUGCCGAAGUGGAGAGCUGCAGUGUUCCAGCCAAGGGUGUGAAGGUCUUCUGCCUCUGACUGGUUGGUCAGAGUGGUCACCUUGUGGGCCCUGCCUGCCCCAAAGUGCCCUAGCUACUGCCUCCAGGACUGUCCUGGAGGGGCACUGGCCUCUGAACACAUCAGGCCUCCCUCCACCCUCAGUCACUCUGCUGGCUUCAGAGCAGUACAGGCACCGCCUCUGCUUGGACCCUGAGACAGGGAGGCCCUGGGCAGGAGAUCCUGCCCUUUGCACUGUGCCUCUCAGCCAGCAACGCCUCUGCCCUGACCCUGGAGCCUGCAAUGACACAUGCCAAUGGGGACCUUGGGGACCUUGGAGCCCCUGCCAAAUGCCCUGUAGUGGAGGAUUCAAGCUGCGCUGGAGAAUGGGAAGAGCCACCUCUGUGGGAGAAUGCCGUGGACCAUGGGCUCAAACAGAAAGCUGCAAUACGGGAUCUUGCCCAGGGGAGAGCUGUGAGACCAGGGACACUGUGUUUACCCUCGACUGUGCCAACCAGUGCCCUCGCAGCUGUGCUGACCUCUGGGAUGGUGUUCAGUGUCUACAGGGACCCUGCAGCCCAGGCUGCCGAUGUCCCCCUGGUCAGCUGGUGCAGGAUGGACACUGUGUGCCCAUCUCCUCUUGCCGCUGUGGCCUGCCCAGUGCCAAUGCCUCAUGGGAGCUGGCCCCCACACAGGUGGUCCAGCUGGACUGCCAUAAUUGCACAUGCAUCAAUGGGACCCUGAUGUGUCCACACCUUGAGUGUCCAGUCCUGGGACCUUGGUCAGCAUGGAGCAAGUGCUCAGCUGUCUGUGGUAGGGGCACCAUGGUGCGCCACCGGAGCUGUGAGGAACAUCCUGACCGUAUACCAUGCCAGGCCCUGGAUCUGCAGCAAUGGCAAGAGUGUAACCUGCAAGCCUGCCCUGAGUGCCCACCUGGCCAGGUGCUCCGUACCUGUGCCACUCUGUGCCCGAGCUUCUGCUCCCACUUGUGGCCUGGUGCCAUCUGUGUUCGGGAACCCUGCCAGCUUGGCUGUGGCUGCCCUGGGGGACAGCUGCUACACAAUGGCACAUGCAUUCCCCCUGCGGCCUGUCCCUGCACUCAGUUUUCUCUACCCUGGGGCCUCACCCUACCCUUGGAAGAGCAGGCCCGGGAGCUGCCCUCAGGGACUGUGCUCACCAUGAACUGCACACACUGCACCUGUCAAGGUGGAACCUUCAUCUGCUCUCAUACGGACUGUCAGGAGUGCCCUCCUGGGGAAAUAUGGCAGCAUGAGGAGCUGGGGCCUUGCGAGAAGACAUGCCCGGAAAUGAACAUGACACAGUCUUGGAGCAACUGCACUGAGGCUCAGAUUCCAGGCUGCGUGUGUCAGCUGGGGCACUUCCGAAGCCAGACAGGUCUCUGUGUUCCAGAAGACCACUGUGAAUGUUGGCACCAUGGGAGUCCCCAUUUGCCUGGAUCUGAAUGGCAGGAGGCCUGUGAGAGCUGCCGCUGCUUCCAUGGGAAAAGCCUUUGUACUCCACACUGCCCAGAGCUCAGCUGUGCUCAGGGUGAAGUGAUCGUGCAGGAGCCAGGGAGCUGCUGUCCCACUUGUCAGCAGGACACUCUGGAGGAGGAGCUGGUCUCCUGCAGGUACCUCACAGAAGUCAGAAACCUCACCAAGGGUCCCUGCCACCUGGAUCACGUAGAAGUGAGCUACUGCAGUGGACACUGCAGGUCCAGCACCAAUGUCAUGACUGAGGAGCCCUACCUGCAGAGCCAAUGCGACUGCUGUAGCUACAGACUGGAUCCGGACAGCCCGGUGCGGAUCCUGAACCUCCUUUGCCCUGAUGGCCACACAGAACCAGUGGUGUUGCCAAUGAUUCACAGCUGCCAGUGCAGUGCCUGUCAGGGUGGUGAUAUCUCAAAGCACUGACAGGCUCUGCUGGACGUAGCCACUGUCGCCUCCCUUGUGACCACAGGGUGUGGUGGCACUCCCCACAUCCUUCAGUGUCCAGUUAACUGCCUCUGACAUGUGAACCAUGCUUUGACAUUAGCACAUUCCAAAUAAAGUAAUGCUGGCAACUAGUGCUGACAAG